AUGAGGGCUGUGGUGCAUCUUCUGUUGGCUGUGGGCGUGUUUCACCUAGCUAGGGCCCAGGAGUCGUCUGAGAUCCUCCGCCUCAGCAAGGCAGCAGUGGCGUUCCCCGGGGAGCUCCCGUGUCCUGGGUGGAGCUGCGACUGUGCGCUCCGCCAGGUGGGCUGUUGCUGCGCCACCAGCCGCAUGCACGAGGUGGAGGACCUCACCUACACCCGACUUACUGACAUAUGGCAGAGCAUCAAACAGCUGGACCGCAGCGUCCAGGAAACCAUAGGGGGAAGAAGGGUGGCUUUCACUGCCUCAGGGAUUCCCAGCAUGCACUGCUUCGGACCAUUCUCCAUCGAUGUGUCUGUUCCCUACAACACCGUCUCCCUCAACCACGGAGACGGAUACAACCCUGCCCUUGGCGUCUUCACGGCCCCCCGCGCCGGCCUCUACUCAUUCUCCUUCACGGCCUACUCCCGGCGGGCCUCCGCAGGGGACCGCAUGUUCUUCCAGCUGCAGCUGCUGCGGAACGGGGAGGUGAUGGCGUCCGUGUGGGAGGAGAACCGCGAGGACUCCGAGGACAGCAGCACCCAGGGCCUCCUGCUCUCCCUGGAGCGGGGGGGGCAGGUGUACGUGCUGCUGCGCGCCGGACGCAUGCUCUGCGGUGACGCCGCCGGCCACAACACCUUCUCGGGUUACAUGGUGCACGGCAUGUAG